AUGGCAUCACAGGUUAAAAGAAAGAGGAACAGGGUUCCUUUGAGUUGUACUAUAUGUCGGAAACGUAAGGUAAAGUGUGAUAAGACAAGACCACAUUGUCAGCAGUGUAGCAAGACUGGCGUGGCACACUUGUGCCACUAUAUGGAGCAGACGUGGGCAGAGGAGGCCGAGAAGGAGCUUUCAAAAGAAGCCGAGCUAAAACAGCUGCGAGAACGCGUGAAAUCGCUAGAGGAGACGCUAUCGAAAAUACACUCUGUGAGCAAUAACACCCCAGAUAGCAAUACUGCUGUAUUGGAUGAGCCCAAGCUCGCGCAGCAAAAUAAUUACGAUAACGACGAGCUAGACCUUACAAGACAGUUUGACAUGUUGCACUUAAAAAACAACGGGACUGUGCAUUUGGGUGCGACUCACUGGCUUGCCAUCAUGAAGGGAGAUCCAUACCUGAAAUUACUGUGGUCGCAUAUCUUCACUUUAAGAGAAAAGCUUUCUGAAUGGUACUCUCAGAAAAGGAGAUCAUCGGGUGGCGGCGUCUCGACAGGGAGAUGUCCCGUCGUGCAUCAAGCAGGCGGAGGGCUCAGGGGAUCCGUACCUCGCGGUCCCGGCGUACCGACGAAGAACGGAGAAGGUAACGGCAUGAGAAAAUGUCCAGUGGAUCACCAGGCUUUGAUGGAAGCUAAAGGAAACGCCAACCUCAUGGAGACUCAAUCUGGUCCCAGAGAGACAGGCAAAUGCCCUAUUAACCAUGGUCAAUCAGAAGAACGGAAAUGUCCGGUAAAUCACGCCCAGCUGGAAGAGCGAAAGUGCCCUGUUAGUCAUGGAAAGUCUGAAUCAAAAUGUCCAGUGGACCACGGCCAACGGGAGGUACCAAUCACUCAGAGUGGAAGCUUUGAUGUUGAAUCAAAAUGUCCUGUUAACCAUAGCACGGGUGUAAAUGGAUCAAGUACAGGUUGCCCGGUUAUCCCUCAUACAACCUCGCUUCCUUCAUUUGAUAAAUUAACUUCCAAGUGCCCUGUUAUACAUGAUUCAACACCUCCACCUCCUAGUAGUGUACCACACAUACCAGAACAUAUUACACAAGAGCAAGCCAUCGCACGGUUGUGCAAACUCUUACCACCAAAGAGAAUAAUAGCAUUAUUACUGGAGAAGUUUUUCAAAUACAUCUAUCCAGUAAUCCCCAUACUAGAUGAACAGAGUUUCAAGAGCCAAACUGCUCAAAUAAUUCAAACCAAAGAUGAUGUCAUGACAUUGAAACUGACAAAACCCUCAGAUUGCUGUAUAUUAGGAAUACUGGUGAUCAUUUUGAGAAUCACUUGGUUAUCGCUACCACAGAAUGCCUGUGAUAUUGAUCUUGGCCCCCAAUGCGUGCGCUUUUUUGUCCCUCAUGUGACCACCUCGACAGUGACGCAAUCUAAAGAAGAACUAUUACUUAUGAAUUUUGGGACCCCAUCCGAGGCAGUUCACUUAGUUAGGAAAUAUCUGAUCAAGUUUGAUGAAAUUACCAGCUUUUCCAAUAGUAGCGUUAAUCUGACUACGGUGCAAUUUGCAUUAUUUUACAAGCAAUACUUAAUGUGUUGUCCUGAUGUAACAACCGACACACAGAUGAACACCUUCACAUCUACUAGUCAGGAUAAUGAAACUCAUCAAAUGUUACUGUCAAGUAUCGUUCAAAUGGCGUUCAGUUGUGGGUUACACAGAGACCCUGAUAAUUUCCCUCAACUUACCGCAAAUACACACGGAAAGCUCAAUAAGGAGGCAAUUACCAAUGCGGAAAGGCUCAAGCACACAUGGAGAAAGACGUGGUAUUUCAUCGUGUCGCUAGAUGUCCAACAAUCGAUAUCAUUGGGAGCACCACGCCUGCUUCGUAAUCUGAGGGAUUUCAGUGAUACUAAAUUGCCUUCUACAUCCAAGAUAGACUAUGUUCGUGACAUCAAAGAAUUAAUUGUGGUAAAAAAUUUUACAUUAUUUUUCCAACUAGACGUCUGUAUUAUGGCUGUCUUAAACCAUAUACUUAAUGUUUCGAUGGCAAAAACAGUGAGAAAGUUUGAACUUGAUUCCUUAAUUGAAAUUCUCAAAGAACUGUGUUUCGGAGGGGGGAACGUCAACGAAGUUUUGAACAAGCUAGUCAACAAUGGUCUUCUUUUCACAACAGAAGGCAGCAUUGAUCAGACAACUGAUGAAAUAUAUACAUUACCUUCAUUAGAACAGGUGCUCUCUCCUCCUCCACCAACUGAAAAUGAAAAAGAUAAGAAGUUAAAUCUUCCUCACGAAAUGACGACUCGAGCAUUAUUUUUUUCAAAACAUAUGACUCUGAGAAUGUUGCUUUAUCUAUUGAAUUACAUCCUUUUUACGCACUAUGAACCGAAGGGUAAUAUUGAUGCCGGAACGAGACCGUUAGCUAAAGAGUACGCUCAGGAAGCUCUUAAUUAUGCAAUGGAUGGGUUUAGGAACUGUCUCUUGUUUUUUAGCAACGCGAAGAUUGUCGAAGGUGGUAAUGGAUCUAUAUUUAACUAUAUGGAAGUCGCAUUAACUCCUUGCUGUUUAGACAUUGGGCAUAGAGCACUACAAUUUAUGGUUUGCCUAAUUUUACGUGCCAAGUGCGGUCCAUUAACUGGCAUGAGCGAAAGUCCGGUUAUUGCGAGUGCCAAUAAUACAAGUAGCAGCGAAGAUGAAAAUGAUGGCAAAAAUGGUACUGGCUCUAAAGAAGGUUCUGUGGAUAGUGCAGACAUGACGAAAGACAUAAGUCUUGACGUGGGAGACGAAUUAGCUGACAUUCUUAUGGCGAGAAUGGUCCUCUUUCAUAAGCUCACGAAGCAAAUUUCCAAUAAGUAUCAUUAUGCCAAACGUAUGAUGAAAUCGACUGGCUUUUUUAUUACAUUACUAAAAAAUCCAUCAGGAAAGUCUGGAGCUGGAGGGAAAAACGCCACCAGCAUCCAAAAAGGAUUACCAAAAUUCCAACAUCCAAGCAUUGCUAAAAUGUCAGGCUUUUUCAAAAAUGUACCUUCAUUAGUCUUAUCGGCCGACGGAGAUCAACUAAGGAGAUGUCCUGUAUACCAGGACGCAUUAGGGUUCCUUCCUCCCAGGGCAAAUUCGAACGGCAUGCCAGCAAGUCAAUCUUCCUCCGUGGUUCAGCAGCUGCCCCCGAUUAGGGCGUAUCGUCCAAUUACAUACACUAGCAAUGACUUGCGUCGCACGUCUGAUGUGCGGGAGUCAGAUUCUAAAAGGCGUAAGCUCACUACAACUAGUCCAAGCGACCAAGAUUCGUUGCCAGCAGGUGGACUAAAAGCAGAGACUCCACGAGUAUGGUCUCCAUUGCCAGUCCUACAAUCGGCUUCACCUCCAGCCCCCGCGAUGUUGGGUGCAGGUAUGAAAAGUGAAUUACUACCCCCAUUGGAGAGAGUUGCCGGUGCAUUCAGCCCUGCAGAGAGUUUUAAAAACAGUGCUGUUUCAAUAAGUGGAUCAUUAGGUAUGCAGUCACCUGCAGCAGUCUCAGAGGUCUCAUCGUCUGUGAAUUACACUCCUGAUUUCGAAGACUUUUUGAUGCAGAAUUCAAACUUCAACGGUUUAAUGAUAAAUCCAUCCAGCAUAGUUGAAGCUGUAGGUUUUGAAAACUAUAGUACUCAGAAUAACGAUGGGAUGGGAAUUGCUACCGAUUUCCUCCCAAUCGAUAACUCAGAGAUAGAUGGCCUGGCGGAAUUAUCAAGCACCAAUGGCGCAGACUUCCCAAUUUGGGAAUAA